GUUCUGUACAGCAGGAUGCUCAGUGGGUCAUUUGACUUCCAAAAAACUCACUUCUGUGAGUCAGUCCAAGAGCCUCACGUUGGUCAGCACUUCUUCAAUGUUGACUAUCUCAUUAUUGCAAGCAUUCUAGCACGACGCAUAGGUGACCACUUGGAGUCUCAGCCCAAGAGGCAGAAAUCAAAUGGUUUACCCUCUUUCUGGGUAACGUUCAAAACAUUAUGCCCCAGGGUAAAGUGGUCCUACAUCCAGAAUGCUUUAGAGGAACAAAAACAGUUGAAUUCUGCAUGGUGUCAAGACUUAAUAAUGUUGGAAAACCUCCUAAGACAUUCCGAGGAUACUGAAUGUUCUCCAGAGUCAUACAAACAGCUGUGCCAAGGCUGUCCCCUAACUCCAGUUCUCUUGACUCUCAUUUUGAAGAGCAUUUUCUCAAAUCUCAUUGGGCAUUUAGAGCAACUAAGAAUUCUUGUCUUCAGACAAAGCAUAAUUAUCUGUGUUCAGCUGGAAGAUGAAGACAAGGUAGAGGCCACACUGAUGGACCUGUCAAAUGACCUUGGGAUGAGUGACAUUGUGGUACUUUCAAGAAAAAGUGGGUUUCUGACUGUAAGAGAAUAUGAGUUUGAAAAUUGGGACGCUGAGUUUGAAUCGGAUGACGAAACAUAUUUCACUAGUGGAGAGGAGGAUGGGGUAGAAAACUGGUCUGAGCAGGACAAAUCUGAUGAAACUUGCCAAGAGAGUGACUAUGAAGAUGUGACUAUGAGGGAUGCGGAGGAUAAAUUCCAUGAGGAUGAGUCAGUGCUGAGGCCUACUUUUCACCAUAGGCAAACCAUGUAUGCAGUAGUUACCUUGAUCUCGGGGGAAGUGGUGGUGGUAGCAAAAAACUGGUUGACUGAGGACAGAAAGCAAUCCUACUGGCCACCAUUUAAAUCACCUGAAUAUUUCACAGCAGCUCUUGUGAACAGAUCUCCACCUUCAACUCAAGGAAAACAGUGGGAGAAAAUAGAUAUCACUUUCAAUGGAGAAUAUGGCACUUAUGUUCAUGCAAAGAAAAUACAGCGAGAACUUAGUGGCUCAAAGGUUCAGAAGGAGGGGUUACCGUUUGGAGCAGCACCUCUAAAAAGAAGGAAACUACAAGCAGAGAAGAGUUCAGAUCCUUUCCUAAUGCCAGCAGCACCAUCCCAGCCAACUCUGACAGCUGGGACCAAACGUCCAGCUGCACCAAGACCCCCUGGCUCCAGCUCAAAUGAGAAUCAAAAACUCUUCAAAUUGCUGAGGGAAAUCAACAACAAAGUCCAAGAAAAUUCCAUCAUGUUGAAAGAAUUACUGAGCAGAUCUGACCAAGCUGGACUACCUAGCAGCACGAGCACGCUGUCAGAAACAUUCCAGGCCAAACUGCCACUUAAUAGCCUUGAAGAACUUAACGUAAUUGAAAAUAAGCUCAAAGACAAGAAGACUAGGCAAACUUAUAUAGAUUACUUGUCAAGACUCGGAGGCUUUGGUCAGAAGCAGAUUGUGAGAAGGAUGUUGGAUUCAGUUAUGACUGAUGAUCUUGCUGAGUCAUUCAACUGGCAAGGAAGGCAAAAUAAAAAAGCCAUAAGUGGUCUCGAAUUAAUCAGAGUCAUCAAAGGUGCUGCACUAUACCGUGGAGUAAAUGAUGCUGAAGCUGAAAAGGAAAUCAAGAACUGGCUGAGAUUUGCUUCAGAUCGGAAUGCUAGGAAGAAAUUGAAAGACUUAAAAGAUAAUGAGGCUGGAAACCCAACAGUAACUUCUGUCAGUGCCUCAGACAAUUCCUGUGAUUCCAUGGCUGGUCAGGAUGCUAUAAUUCCCUCUUAUUUGUUUUGUGACUUCAAUUCAAGAUGAAGUUCAACUGCUCUCAGAAGUCACAGUGACUGUCAGUGACAACAAAAGCAUUGUAUGCAUUAUUAUAAUAUGAAUCAUUUAGCACUUGUAGUCUAUUGAAUCAAAGUGAUAUAUUCUGUCAUGUAGAAGAAGAGAAAAUUACUGUUGUUUGUACAAUCUUGUUCUGAUUAAACAAAAAUUGUCAGUUACAUCUUUAUGUAUAAUAUACAUAUCAUCCACUGUCUCAGCAUAUUCCAGCCGGAUUUUAAUGUGAAAUCUCCUGUAUGGA